GUUGAAAUCAGUCCAUCAACCCUCAGGGGUUUUCCAUUUUCCAGUUCUGGAAACUGCCAACAUAAAAAAGGAGAGAGACGAACACACAGAAGAAAUUAGGUCAAGUGGAAAGCAAAAUGAAGGAGACUACAGGAAACAAGGAAGAACAAGAGAGAGAAAAGGUUUGCAAGAGAUGCAAAUCAAGCUUUAACCCUUGUUCAAAUACCCCUUCUUCCUGCCGAUUUCAUCCUUCUUUCUUCGUUUGUCGUCGUCACGAUGAUCAGAAAAGGUACUAUGAAUUGGGCCCUGAUGAUCCGCCAUAUGCUGCCAAGUUCUAUGACUGUUGUGGCGCUGAAAACCCUGAGGCUCCCGGCUGUACUGUGGGUUCUCAUAUCACUUGUGAUGAUGAAUGAUGUACAUUGUAUGCUAGUCAGCUCUAAAUGCAUAUGGUUUGUUGUAUGCCUCACAUGAAUGUAUAUGGGAUAACUAAUAGAUUUUCUCUAAUUUGUAACCUAAAUCUCUCUGUAAUUUACAGUCCUUCAAUGUAUAUAGCAGUUGCAAGAUCAGAGUUUGUUACCAGUGGUGUUAGUUCAUACUCCAUACUUCAUAGUCUAGAAUAAGAAAAUUUGUCCA